CGAGUGUCAUUCGACCCAUUCGCACUUCCUGUCAGACUCUAUUUAUGAGUUCCCGUUGAGUCAGCCCGUUCUUUCUCCGAAUUGCUCCAACUGAUCGACGGAUAUCCAACUUUCGCUGUUCAGGAAUCUUUUGUCAAACUUUGGACAUCUAAGCAACUUUUCCUCAUGGCUUGUACAACACCUCAAACUUCAUCCACCAAGGAAUCAACCAACUAUGCGCGCUUGUGUCAUUUACUGGUGGAUAUUGGAAACCAGGCCCUCCGAGAUCAAUUCAAUGUUAUCCAUCACCCAGGAAAGCUUCACGAAGUUUUGGCGAAAAACAAAUCAGUGCUGGAGGAUCUGAAAAAGAAAAAAAUUUUAUAUCUAGCUCAAUGGGAUAAGCUGUUUCCUUCUGACCCUAAAUCAGUAUCGUCAGAAACUUUUGAUAUUUCACUUUUAGCUGUUCUAUUUCGAAAUAUCUGCGGCUUAACUCAACCCUCGAAUGGAUGGGACAACCUUCCUCCCGAAUCAGACACAAGCCCUGCAGCAGAUAUAGCUCGGGUGAAAUAUUACAGAAACACCGUGUACGCUCAUGCUGAGCGUACUUCUGUUGAUGAAGCGGACUUCAACCAAUACUGGUCUGACAUCCGGGACGCUCUUGUGAGACUGGGUGGACCGAAAUACAAAGCAGACAUUGACAAUCUUAAAACUAAGUGUAUGGACCCUGAAGUUGAAGAUCAUUACAAAAAACUUCUCAGUCAGUGGAUGAAAGAUGAAGAAAACGUGAAGGAUCAACUGAAUGAGAUUGGCAGCGAAGUGAAGAAUGUCGUCAAACGGCUGGAUGAUUUGUCUAAAAGGGAAAAACCCGUCGAGCCACCACCUCUUGAUCACUACUGUAAGGACUGCAAGGUUUGCAUUUCUUCUAAGGAGAUGCAAAGUAAACACACUGAUCACAUCAUAGAGAAUAAACGACAGGCUGCAAAGAAGCAAAAGCCUAUGAUAAAAGAAGCUUUGAGGAAAAUGGAAGAAAAAAUUCGCGAUUGUAAGAGCAACAUAGAGGAGGAAGAGGAGCAGUUGAAACGAUGUCAAAGAGACAUUGGAACAACCCGAGAAACUGUAAAGAAGACUGUUGAACCUCUCAUACAUACACUACAGGAUCACAAGAAGGAUAUGGAGAACAGUUUGAAAUAUAUAGAAGAAGAAGCAGAACGCGUUAGCAAAAAACGCAGACAGUUGUUAUCGGAGUACCACGAGAGGUUAAAGAGCAAAGCAGAAGAAUUGCAAGCUACCUUAAACGGAAACAAUGAUGAUGACAUUUUAGAGACUUGUGAAAAUGUUAAUGAAUACUACAAAGAUCUCUGCGAUUAUGAAAAAAGUCAUCACUACGAACCGGCACCGAAUGUCAGGUACGAGAAGAACGAAGAAGAGAUUCAACGCAUUAAACACGCAACACUGGGCCGAGUCGUCACUGGCAACGAUUCAACGACUUUCUACUCAAUGGCAGAGGGACAAGGUCUGCAAGAGGCAGAAGUCAGAAGAGAAUCUUACCUUGAAAUCCUGACUCAGAGUUUAGAUAAAAAGCAGGUUUACAACGCAGACGAUAAGAUAACAGUGAAAAUCCAGACUCCACUUGGAGAGGACCUGUCCACUAACAUUGAAAACAGUGAAAAUGGUUCGUACACCGUGUCCUAUACACCUAAUUGUGACGGACAACAUGAAGUAUCGAUCGCUGUCAAUGGCAAACCCCUUCCGGAUAGUCCCUGGCGUGUUCACGUGACUCCGCAUCAAUACAAAAUUAUGUCACAAUCAGCUUUCGGGUCAGCUGGUAAAGCCAAAGGAGAAUUUGAUGGACCCUGUGACAUUGCAAUCAACGAACAGACAGGAGAAGUAGCCGUUGCUGAUGGCAAGAACAACAGAGUACAACUGUUCAGUCCCGAUGGAGAGUACACCAAAGAGAUUAGUAAAUCUGGCUGUGGUAGAAAGGAACUCAAUUCCCCCACUUCCGUUGGAUUUACCAAGUCUGGUGAUAUCGUCAUCAUCGCUAGCGCCGAGAUUUAUUUGUUCCACAAAAAUGAUGACAGUCUUACAAAAGUUUCCCAAAAACACGCAAAAGAUCCAAGAUUCUUGUCUGUCAGCGGUGAUGGGAAUCUAAUCGUGUGUGACUGGAGCGAUAACAAAGUACAUGUCCUCUCCCCUGACGGUACAAAACCGGUGAUAAUGCCCUUCAAAGAUCUUCAGGUGAAUGAUCCCCCAUGGUUCGCUGUUAACCACCAAGAGAUGUUCUUCGUUUGUUACGGCUUGAAUCACGUGGUCAAAGUGUUCAACAAGGAUGGAGUGUUUAAGUACAGCAUUGGUGGCAUGGGCUCUGGUGACGGACAAAUGAGUUAUCCCACGGGAAUAACCAUUGAUAAGUUCCACAACUUGAUCGUGUGUGACCCCAGUAACCACAGGCUGCUCGUGUUCACACUGGAUGGAAAGUUUGUCAACUCAGUAGAUGGACCGGACUGCCCAGGAACAGUAGCUGCAUCAUCGACUGGGCAGCUUUUUGUAACAGACUUUACCCAAAACUGUAUUCAUGUCUUACAGUGAAGGACAAGGUAAAUUUGAGAGACGAUAAUCUUGUAGAAAAAGUGACUCACAACCGUUUUAUUGGCCCAUAAUUGUCGAGGGAUAAAGCCGCCUCCACAAGUCAACUUUCAAAGCCAAUUAAAAGAAAUCGAGACUAGCCCGUUGUCAAUUGCCAGACAGCUAGUACAUAGGCAGGAUCACAAUAAUAAAGGAAAGUAUUCGUGAAAGACCUUUGAUUCAUGCAUAAAGUGUUUAUGUUUUUAUCCUUUUAUCGAGACUGUUUGCUUUCCUUAAGCGGUGGUCGGCGGGCUAACCCUCCUUUUAGACCUUCGUUUGGCUUAUUUCGCUCACUGUCAAUUCAGUGAAUUAAUGACGGCAAUGUUUUAAUAGGCUUUAUUUCCUCGUAUAUUUGCUUGUAUUUGGCAGCUGAUUCCUACAGCUUUACCGCUCUGCGUGAGAAACAAUUGAAAAAAUAGACAGAUGAACAGAUAGAACUUAAAACUGUUAUUGAAAGGUCUUAAAACCUUAAAAUACAUACAAGGUUGGUCGAGUAGGUCAACUCUGAAGAUGUAUAAAAAUAAUUCAAGAAGUAACAGAGAUAGUAAAUGAUGGGCCGGAGAGCAAAACAGAUUGCGCACGACUAACUAUCUGAAAAGUCUAAGCAUAGUAUUUCAAAAUUGAUAAACCGGGAUCUAUAUUCAUUGGGCCUGGGUAAGAACAGCGGUCUGUUCAGAACAGCGGUCAGUUACUAACAAUAUGAAAAAGAAAACUGACUUCCCUUUGAAUGUAGACCUGAUGAUGCCACCGUAAAUGCAAGCUUCUGGAUCAAUCAAAUUCGAAAGUCCGUAUAAGGAAAUAUAUUCUAUGGUAGACUUUUGAUGAAGGUCUUUGAUAUAUAUUCGAUUUUAGACGACAGUAAAUGGGAGAGAAAAAAACUGAAAACGAGUAUUCGUUUAGCUGUGAAAUUUUUUCGGUAUUGAUCAGCUUUUAGCAGCUGUUAAGGGAAUAGUAUUAAUUGGGUAGUGCUAUAUUAUCUUUGCAAGAACUGGCCGCUUGGCAAAUCAAAGGAACCAUAUCUUAGCGGAUCUAACCAACAGAAUUUAUAGAAAUUCAAUCAAAUGUACAAAGAUUGAUUGUAAACUUCGAGUAAUCUUUUCUUUUUUUUUUUACGUUUUCUUGGGAUGCUGUAAGGUAUAAUUUAAAUAGGUAAUAUUUUAAAAUAUCUCAAGAUAUUAAUAG